GAGAAGACGCUCAAAGACCUCCAGGACUAUCCCUGACCAUUUGAGAAGCUUGUUGCUGAUGGGCAAUUGAACUUUUUGUACAAAAGCAAAGAUGAGAGGCUACAGAGUCUUGCUACUACUGUUAGCUCUGCCUGUCCCAACAUUAGCAGUAAAAGAAGUUGCUCCGUCUUCUACACGCUGUAGCCUUUUUGGAGAUGACCACAUUAAAACAUUUGAUGAGUCUCUGUAUGACUUUGCUGGUGACUGCAGUUAUCUGCUUGCUGGAGACUGUGACAAAAGAUCCUUCUCACUCUUGGUUGACUACCAGAAUGGAAAAAGAAACAGCCUUUCUCUAUACCUCGGGGAAUAUUUUGAUCUUCAUUUGUUUUUAGAUGGCACCGUGACACAGGGUGAAAAAAGGAUUUCAAUACCUUAUGCCUCCAAUGGAGUAUUUAUAGAAAUCGAGGCAAGUUAUUAUAAGUUAUCCAGCGAAGAGCAUGGCUUUGUGGCAAAGGCUGACAUCAGUGGGAACAUUUAUUUAAUCCUUGCAGACAAGCACUAUAAUAAGACCUGUGGGCUCUGUGGCAAUUUCAAUAGCUUUGCUGAAGAUGAUUUCAUGACACAGGAAGGGACUCUGGAAGAGAACAGCUACAAUUUUGCUAAUUCCUGGGCCAUGAGCAGUGAAGAGAAGAGAUGCCAGAGAGUGACUCCCCCAAGCCGCACUUGCAACAUUUCAUCUGAGUUUGCAGAUAAGGAUGCUAUAGAAAAUUGCCAGCUGCUAAGAACAUCCACUGUAUUUUCCAAAUGUCAUCACCUGGUUGAUACAGAGCAAUUCAUUAGCCUCUGUGAAGAAGACAUGUGCAGAUGUGCCCAGGAUAAGAACUGCCACUGCCCAGUUUUUCUAGAGUAUGCCAGAAACUGCGCUCAGCAAGGUGUGAUUCUGGAAGGAUGGCCUGCCAGCAGUGCGUGCAGGCCAAGAUGUCAAAUUGGCUUGGAGUAUAAGGAGUGUACAUCCCCUUGUGCCAAAACCUGCCAGAGCUUGAAUAUCAAUGAAGUGUGUCAAGAAAAAUGUGUUGAUGGCUGCAGCUGCCCUGAGGGCAAGCUACUAGAUGGUGAACUCUGUGUCGACAGCUCUGACUGCUCCUGUAUAAAUUCUGGCAAGCGCUACCCGCCUGGCUCUUCUGUCUACCGGGACUGCAACUCAUGUAUUUGCAGGCAUGGUAUCUGGAUCUGCAGCAAUGAACCAUGCCCAGGUGAAUGCUCGGUCACUGGCCAGUCCCAUUUCAAAAGCUUUGACAACAAACAUUUCACCUUCACUGGCAUCUGCCAUUACUUGUUUGCUCGAGAUUGUGAGAUGAACUCAUUUUCUGUAUUCAUAGAGACUGUCCAAUGUGGUGAUGAUCCUGAUGCAGUGUGUACCCAUUCAGUCUCUGUUCAGCUCCAGGAUGAGAACAGCAUUGUUAAACUGAAACAUGGCGGUGGCAUCUCUUUGAAUGGACAGGACAUACAGAUUCCUUUCAUGCAAGGCACUCUCCGUAUCCAACACACUGUGAUGUCUGCAAUUCGCCUCAGCUAUAGAGAGAAUAUGCAGAUUGACUGGGAUGGGCAUGGUACUCUUGUGAUGAAGUUAUCACCAGAAUACACUGAGCAAACUUGUGGUUUGUGUGGUAACUACAACGGCAAUCAAGGAGAUGAUUUUCUCACUCCCUCUGGCCUGGUGGAAACCCUUGUUGAAGACUUUGGAAAUUCCUGGAAGCUCAAGGGAGAUUGUCAAGAUUUGCAGAAACAAGAUAGCAAUUCCUGUAAUAUUAAUCCUCGCUUAGCCAAGUAUGCUGAGGCUUCGUGUGCUGUUCUCUUGUCUCCAUUAUUUGAGCCUUGCCAUCACAAAGUCAGUCCUUCUCCAUACCUGAAGAAUUGCCACUAUGAUGUCUGCUCCUGCUCCAGCGGCAAAGACUGCUUGUGUUCUGCUGUCUCUGCCUAUGCCAUGGCUUGUGCUCGCACAGGUGUUCUCAUCAACUGGAGGCAGCCUGAUUUCUGUGCUUUGAGUUGCCCAGAAGGUCAGAUUUACCAGCAGUGUGGAAGUCCGUGCAACCAGACUUGUCGGUCCUUGUCCUAUCCAGAUGCAGACUGCAAUGAAGUUUGUCUGGAAGGUUGUUAUUGCCCUGUUGGCUUAUACCUCGAUGAACAGGGAGACUGUCUUCCAAAGUCGCAAUGCUCUUGUUACUACGAUGGAGAGAUCUUCCAGCCAGAUGAUGUUUUCUCAGAUCAUCACGUCAUGUGUUAUUGUGAAAAUGGGUUCAUGCAUUGUAGCUCAAACAGACUUCCAGGGGCUACCCUACCAGAUAUUUUCUUUGAACAUCGUCCUUCUGCCAGAGCAAAACGAAGCUUGGCCUGUAGGCACCCAAUGACCAUGUUUGUAUGCCCUGCAAAUGAUCCAAGAGCUAAAGGAGUAGAAUGUAUGAAGACCUGUCAGACCUAUGAAUUAGGCUGUGUCAGCCAUGGAUGUGUGUCUGGCUGCCUCUGCCCCACUGGAUGGGUACGACAUGGAAACAAAUGCAUUGUAUCAGGAAAAUGUCCCUGUUUUCACAAUGGCCAAGAGUAUGCUCCUGGAGAGACUGUGACAAAAGACUGCAACACUUGUGUUUGUCGUGCUCGAAAAUGGGAAUGUACAGAAAAUAUCUGUGAUGGCACCUGCUCAGUCAUUGGUACAGCCCAUUACCUGACCUUUGAUGGAUUGAAGUACACAUUUCCAGGCAACUGUCAGUAUGUACUAGCUGAGGAUUACUGUGGUGACAAUGAUGGUGGAACCUUUCGGAUAUUCAUUGCCAAUGAGGGAUGCAGCUUCACAGGAGAGAUGUGCACUAAAAGGAUUACCAUUCUAUUUGACAGUGGCGUGAUAGAGCUGUAUGAUGGAGAUGUUAACAUCUUGACACCACCUAGAGAGGAAGCCAGCUUUGAAGUCUUGAAAUCUGGACGCUACUACAUUCUGUUACUCGGUAGAGGAGGCAUCUCUCUAACUUGGGACCAGGACAUGGGAAUUAAUGUUAUAUUGAAAGAGCAUUACAAAGAUCAAGUAUGUGGCCUCUGUGGGAAUUUUGAUGGUAACCAAAACAAUGACUUGACCAGCAGCAUAAAGCAACUUGAGGUGGAUCCAAAUGACUUUGGGAAUACCUGGAAAAUUAAUCCACAGUGUGCUGAUGUCCCAAAGCUUUCCCAGGGUCAAGGCUUGGCUUCUGCAUUGUGCAAUGGUAAUGUAGUGAAGCAAGUGAUGGUGGAGACCUCCUGCAGUGCCCUGAACAGUGACCUCUUCAAAGAGUGCAAAAAGCUGGUGGAUCCUGAGCCGUAUGUGGACAUCUGCCUGUAUGAUACCUGUGCUUGUGAAUCCAUUGGGGACUGUGCCUGCUUCUGUGAUGCCAUCGCCACUUAUGCUCAUGCUUGUGCACAGAAAGGGGCAGUGGUUCACUGGAGGUCACCUGCUUUAUGCCCACAAAGCUGUGAACACAUGAACAAGGAAGACGAAGGAGGCUACCAGUGUGAAUGGAGAUACAACAGCUGUGGCCCUGCCUGUCCAAGGACGUGCCAGCACUUGGAUCCAGUGGCAUGCCCUGUGAAGUGCGUCGAAGGGUGCCAGGCACACUGCCCUGCAGGGAAAAUACUUGAUGAGCUUUCCGAGUCUUGUGUUCAUCUCGAAGAAUGUCCGGUAUGUGAAUUAAGAGGGCGCAGAAUUUCCCAUGGGAAGAGCAUCAUUUUGAAUGCUGAAGAUCCACAACUCUGCCAAUCCUGCCAUUGUGAAGGACAAAACUUGACCUGCCGUGCCUGUGAGUCAGGGGAGUCUGGCCAAACCCUGAUGACCACAACUGUUGCUCCAGAAGAUGAGGUGACACGUGAAUACUCUUGCAGCAAAAUGAUGGAUCUUGCCUUCUUAAUGGAUGGCUCCAAUAAGCUUUCUGAGAACGACUUUGAGCAGCUGAAAGCUUUCAUAAUUGGCAUGAUGGAAAAACUCCACAUCUCCCAAAAAAGAAUUCGCCUUUCAAUCCUGGAAUACCGCACUGGUUCGCACAUUUACCUCGGCCUCAAGGAUAUUAAAAAACCAUCUCAAAUGAGGAGUAUUGUCCAAAAUAUAAAAUACCCUGGUGGAGAUGUUGCCUCUGCAACUGAAGUACUUAAAUAUGUUGUAUUCCAUGUGUUUGGGAAGGCUCCACGGACAAAUGCCGCCAGAAUUGCUGUGUUACUUACAGCUAGCAAGGAUCCGAAGAGAAUUCAAACAAUCUUCCCACUUUUGAAAAAGAAGAAAAUUAUUGUAAUACCAGUUGGACUUGGACCACACAUAAGCAUUGAGCAAAUUGAACUAAUUGAAAGUCAGUCACCCGAGAAUAAGGCCUUCAUAAUGGACAGUGUGCUUCAGCUAAGAGAACAUAGGGAUGAAAUAAUUGAUUACUUCUGUGGUCUUGUGCCUGAAGUAAGUGCUAUAUUAUCUACAACAAAAAACCCUAUUACAGCUCUUCCCAGCAUCGCUGCAGUGACGGUACCUGGAGUAGGCCGGGGGUUAACGGAAGCCGCCCCAUCAAUUUUUAUUAACAAGACCAUUGACAUUAUUUUUUUGAUUGAAGGGUCUGACAAAGUUGGCAAGGAGAAUUUCAGUUUGGUGAAAGAGUUCAUUGCCCGCACAAUCAGAGAAAUGGAUAUAGGAGAAAAAACCAUUCAAAUUACAAUCAUACAAUAUUCGUUCACAAUCACUGUGGAGUAUUCCUUCAGUGCAAGGCAGUCAAAGGAAGCCCUGAUUAAGAAAGUUAGGGAGAUUAAAUAUCGUGGAGGGAAUGCCACCAACACUGGCAGGGCUCUCAACUUUGUCUCUGAACAUUCUUUUACCACAAGUAGUAGAGGAAGAGGGCAAGUGCCAAACUUUGUGUACAUGGUGACUGCAAAUCCUGCCACAGAUACCAUCAUUCGACAGUCCAGUGAUAUCAACCUUAUUCCCAUUGGUAUAACUCCUAAUGUGAACAUCCAAGAACUCAAACUGUUAAGCGAGCCACAUACUCCAAUAAUCCUAGAAGGGUAUAAGAAACUCAUUCAAGAAGGACCAGACUUGGUACUACAAAUGUGUUGCUCAAAGGAAGGAGCCUGCAGCAAACCAAUGGAUGUGAUAUUUCUUCUGGAUGGGACAUCAAAUGUUAAAGCAUCUCAGUUUGAGGAAAUGAAACAUUUUGUAAAAGAAUUUAUUGAACACGCCGAUGUUGGCCAUACUACAACUCAAGUGGCAGUUCUUCAGUAUGGAGAAGUGAAUACUUUGGAAAUUUCAUGGAAUGUCCCCCAAGAAAAAGUGUAUCUUUUGUCUAUGGUGAGCUCAAUUCAUCAACGAGAGCAAGGCCCUUGCAAACUAGGGGAAGCAAUCGACUUCACAGUUCAGCAUGCCAUUUCUGAACUCAAUGGAGGAAGGCCCAACGCAUCCAAAAUAGCAGUGGUUGUUAUAUCAGACACAUCGGAAGACUCUGUGAACACAGCUGCAUAUUUUGCAAGAGUCAAUAGAGUAUCACUGCUUCCCAUUGGAGUUGGAGAUGGCUACAAGGUAGCACAACUGAGCGCUUUAGCUGGGCCAUCUGCUGUUAACAAGAUCAUAAAGCUGCAACGGUUUGAUGAGCUUCCCACUAUGGUCACACGGGGUGAUGAAUUUGUCAAGAAACUUUGCACAGAGACUCUCCAAGAGUGUAUAGAUGAGGAUGGGAAUACAAGAGCACCUGGUGACAAAUGGACAUUGUCAGAUGAGUGUCACACUGUGAUAUGCUUACCAGGUGGCCGUACAAUUCUGGAGAGCCACCUGAUUAAUUGUGAGAAGAUGCCCAGGCCAACAUGUCGCAACAAUUUUCCUGCUAUCAGAACGGAAGAAACUUGUGGUUGCCGGUGGGUGUGUCCAUGCACGUGCAUGAGAAGCUCGACCACUCAUAUUGUCACCUUUGAUGGGCUGGACUUUAAACUCACAGGCAAUUGCUCCUACACAUUGUUUGAAGACAAAGAACAUGAUGUUGCAGUGGUUCUUCACAAUGGGCCCUGCAGUUCAACCCCAAGACUCAACUGCAUGAAUGCCAUUGAGGUCACACACAAGGACUUGUCUGUGCAACUCUAUAGCAACAUGAUGGUUGUUGUGAAUGGCCAACCAGUAACUAUUCCUUAUGAUGAUGGUGAUGUUGAAGUUAAUGUCUAUGGAGCAGUCAUGAAUGAAGUCAGAUUCUCUCAUCUGGGGCAUAUCCUCUCCUUCACUCCAAGCAACAAUGAGUUUAUUUUGCAGCUCAGCCCAAAGAGUUUUGCUUCUAAAACAUAUGGCCUUUGUGGGAUUUGUGAUCAAAACAGGGGCAAUGACUUGGUAUUAAAGGAUGGCUCUAUUGCAUCUGACAGCAGUACCUUCAUCCAAGAAUGGACGAUUAAGCAACCAGGGAAGGUCUGUGAAGUAAGCAGACAUAACAAUUGUGUUGAAAAUGCCACCACCAAGUGCAGCAUUUUGCUGUCCCCUCAGUUUUAUGAAUGCCACCAAAUCAUUCCUCCAAACAUGUUCUAUGCAACAUGUGAAGAAAACAACUGCUAUGGCGAUGAAGUAUGUGAGAUUAUAUCAGCCUAUGUCCACCUUUGCAGGACCCAUGGCAUCUGCAUAGAAUGGAGAUCUCCAGAGUUCUGUGCUAUGAAAUGUCCAAUCCCAUUGAUAUAUGAGCACUGUCAAAAGGGUUGCACAAAGCACUGUGAGAAUGGUACCAACACAGAAAUCUGCAUGGAUUAUCCCACAGAAGGCUGCUUCUGCCCACCAGGACAAGUGACCUUAGAUGGUAGCUGUGUUCAUGAAGAGGUCUGCACACAGUGCAUAAGUGAAGAUGGAAUGCGUCACCAGCACUUGGAAACAUGGAUUUCUUCCAAUGAACCCUGCAAGAUCUGCAUGUGCCUCAACAAUAGGACCAUAAACUGCACCGUUCAGCCUUGUCCAGCUGCCAGACCUACUGUUUGUGGUCCCUGUGAAAUUCCAAGAUUACGUAGGAAUUCUGAUCAGUGCUGUCCAGUCUACGAAUGUGUCUGUGAUCUGGUCACCUGUAAACUGCCUGCUGUACCUCAUUGCGAAAAUGGUCUCCAGCUUUUGCAGACAAAUCCUGGAAAAUGCAGACCGGACUAUGCUUGUGUCUGCAAAAAGGAGAAAUGCAGCCUGCAGCCCAUUCCUUCCUGCUCACCACAUCGGAAACUUAGCGUGAAGAAGACUCAGUGCUGCGAUGAAUAUCAGUGCACUUGUAGCUGUGUCAAUUCAACAGUGGCCUGCCCUGCAGGACAUUCAUCAACAUCGGUCACUAAUGACUGUGGCUGUACAUCUACCACUUGCAUUCCAGACAAGGUUUGUGUCCAUCAAAAUGUUGUCUAUCCUAUUGGGAAGACUUGGGAGGAAGGCUGUACAGAGUGCUCCUGCACAGACAUGGAAGAUGCUGUGACAGGACUUCGAAUUACAGAAUGUCUUGAGAAGGAAUGCAGUAAGAUUUGUCCACCGGGACAUCAAUACGUCAACAAAGAAGGGUCAUGCUGUGGGAAAUGUCUCAAGACGAUGUGUGAGGAGACAUCACCUUGGUCUCGGGGAGAUGGAAAUGCUGACCAUUGGCAUGAGGUUGGCUCUGAGUGGCAGUACCCCUCAAACCCCUGCGUCAUCAGAGAAUGUGUCCAGGUGAAUGAGGAAGUCUUUAUUCAGACAAAGAAUGUCUCAUGCACACAGAUGGAGCCUCCAAAUUGCCCAUUCGGAACAGAGCUGCACUGCGACCGGAAAUCAGGUUGCUGUCCUUCAUGCCACUGUGAACCGGCGGUUGGCUGCGUUUUCAAUGGAACCAUACUUGGGCCGGGGAAGCGUGUGUUGUUGGAUCCAUGCACCACCUGUCAGUGCAGCCUACAGAAAGGAGUGUAUUUGAAAUACAAAUUGACAUGUGGAAAAAUUACUUGUGAACCUUGCCCCAAGAAUUACAGGAUCGAAAAAGUAUCUGGGUCUUGCUGUGGUAAAUGUUUGCCAACUGUAUGUGCCAUACAGCUGAGGGACCGAACCAUUCUGUACCUGAAGCCAAAUGAGACAAUCCAAGAUGGCUGUGACAGCCAUUAUUGCAAAGUCAACAUGAAAGGAGACUUCAUCUGGGAAAAAAGAAUAACUGGUUGUCCACCAUUCGACUCUAAUAGAUGCUUGGCUACAGGAGGUAAGAUUGCAAACAUUGACAACACUUGCUGUAAAACAUGUGUUGAACCAGAAUGCAAACAAGUCACAGGCAGGCUGGAAUAUGUGAAAGUAGAUGAUUGUGUGAAUGAAAAUCAGCUGAAUAUCCACUAUUGUGAGGGCAAAUGUGGAAGCAAAGCCAUUUAUAAUAUUACAGUGAACCGCAUUGAAGAUCAGUGCACCUGUUGUUCAGCUACAGUGACAGAUUCAAUGCAAGUGCCCCUCCGCUGUGCCAAUGGCUCCAUAGUACAGCAUGAAGUCUUUAACGCCAGACAGUGUGAAUGUCUCUCUCGGAAAUGCAAGCCAUAAAUAUGUUUGGGAACUAGUGGAUGUGAAGCUUUUUACCCAGCUGCCAAGAAAUUUACAAUCCAAUUCACAUUUUAUUUGGAUUUUUUCUUUUCUUUUUGCAUUUUAAUAGUGUUCUUCUAGCCAAGCAUUCAUUGUAACAAACCAAGCAAUAAAAUUCUAAAUUCAUUUAGCUACACAGUUUGGAUAUUUUACUUUCU